GAGGAUGAUCUGAUUGGCCAGUUCUGUGUGUGACAGACUGUCAUGCCCUAAGGCUGUUGCUGUGGUCUUUAUGUUGUAGAAGAACUUCUUUUUAACAGUGGUGUCCAGUUUGUAUUUGAGUUGUACUUUGUAAACACAAACUAUCUCCACUGAACAAAAGUUAAUUUGUACUCAUUUUGGACUAAAACUGGUGGGAGAUGUCUGGGGAAAGAGCUCUACUGCCUAGGAUGAAGUAUGCCAGGCAAGAAAAUGAAUACGAUGUACCAGUGCAACCUGCUGACCUGAGGAUGGUGCUGGUGGGGAAGACUGGAUCAGGGAAGAGUGCAGCAGGAAACACCAUCCUGGGAAGAGAAUGCUUUGAAUCGAGGCCGUCAUCUGAAUCUGUGACGAAAGAGUGUCAGAUAGAUGAGGUCAUGUCAGGGGAAAAGACCAUCUCAGUUACUGACACACCGGGUGUGUAUGACACAUACUUAGGUGUGGAGGCUUUGAGGCGUGAGUUGGAAAACUAUAUUUACAUGACAACUCCUGGACCCCAUGUGUUCCUGCUAGUGAUCAGAGUUGGGGUUAGAUACAACAGGGAAGAAAAGGAUGCAGUGCAGUGGAUCUGUGAUAAUUUUGGCAAGGAUACUUUACAUUACGCAAUCAUACUCUUCACCCACACUGAUGAGCUCAAAGACAUGACCUUAGAGCAAUAUGUUGAUGAAAGUGACGAUCUAAUGACGCUCAUUAGUGACUGUGGGGGCAGAUAUCAUGGGUUUAACAAUACAGACACAAACAGAACUCAGGUCACUGGUCUCCUGCAGAAAGUUAAUACCAUGGUGGGAAAAAACAGAGCGAAAGGGAGAGAGCACUAUACGAACAAAAAGUUCCAGGAGGCUCAGAAACAGAUUAAAAAAGCAAGGAUGAUAAAAAUGGCCAAAGAGGUAGCUCUAGGUACUGCAACGGCUGUAGGAACAGGGGCAGCAGUAGCUGGAGGAAUUGUGCUUGGAGUCACAGAGCUUUUGCUCCUACCAGGACUGUUGAUUGCAGGGGGAGCUGUGAUUGCAGGCAAAGCAGGGUAUGAUUUAAUUAAAAAACAACAACAAAAAAAAGAGUGGUCAUGA